UAUUUAGAAGAUGGACGUAGAAAACUGGUGGGUCCCAUGGGGUUGUUUUUGGCGCGCAAAUCAUUUAGCACAGAUCCAUUUUAGGGUCACUCAUUUUCAUCUCCACUUGCUCUCUAAAUCGCCACCCUUUGUGUAUACAAAUGAUCCCACAACAACAAUCUGACUUUGAUCACAAUUAUCUCAAACCUUAUUACGGAAAGCUGUUUCCUUUUGCUGAUAUAUUUAAAUGGAUGACUUAUGGCCACGAUGGGAAACAUCCUGGUUGUGAUCAAUCUUACUUUGGAAGAAGGGAAUUUUCCUUCACUCUGAAAGGGGAUUUUUAUCUGCGGUUCCAAUCUUUCAACAAUGCCCUUGAGCUCGAAAACUCCAUCAAGGAAAAAUGCCCUUUAAAGAUUGACAUUGGACCUGUUUACACAGUCGAUCCUGCAAAAAGGCAUGCCUAUGCACAGGGUGAUAAUAAUGUCUUUGCUCCAGUUGAGAGGGAGUUGAUUUUUGAUAUAGAUAUGACAGAUUAUGAUGAUGUCCGAUACUGCUGCAGGGGUGCUGAUGUUUGCUUGAAUUGCUGGCCAUUGAUGACCAUAGCUAUCAAAGUGAUCGAUGCUUCCUUAAGAGGAAUUAUUUCUUGCACAAAGAAAGGUUCCAAACAGUAUCACUGUUGUGCUGAUUUCUGCUUUGGAACUACUGUUUCAGAUGACUUUGGUUUUAACCACAUACUCUGGGUCUAUAGUGGACGCAGAGGUGUUCACUGUUGGGUCUGUGAUGGGAAGGCUAGAAGGUUGACUAAUGAGCAAAGAGCUUCUAUAGCUGACUAUUAUCGAGUUUACAAGGGCAAUGAAAAUAGUCAUAAGAAGGUUUCUUUGAUGGGUGCUGCUCUUCAUCCUUUCUUGGCGACAUCAUACACCAAUGUUCUCAAGGACUAUUUUGAGAAAAUACUGCUUACAAGUCAAAACCUACUGGCUACUGAGGAGAGAUAUGAGAAGAUCCUAAGCAUGAUUCCUGACGAAUCUAUUGCUUCUGAACUUAGGGGAAAAUGGCAAGACAGUAGGCGGUCCUCUAGUGCAAAAGAAGAUAUUAAUGUUGUGCGAUGGGAACAGUGCAAGCAGUUGCUGCAAUCCGGAAAACAUAAGGCACAAGGGUUGCGUAGAUGUGUUGAAGAAAUUGUGUUCUUCUUUACUUACCCCAGGCUAGAUAUGGAGGUUUCAAAACAUAUGAAUCAUUUGCUUAAAGCACCAUUUUGUGUACAUCCAAAAACAGGUCGUGUCUGUGUCCCUAUUGACCCAAAUCAGUGUGAUGAUUUUGAUCCUACUACAGUACCCACCCUUUUCCAGCUUUUAGAAGAGCUUAAUAAUGAAGGCUCGAGAGCUGAUGUUAAUGGUGCAGAAUGGAAUGGAACUUCGCUUGGAAAUGCCAUUGCGCUUUUCAGAACAUCAUUCUUAGAACCCUUACAAAAAGCCUGCAAGGAGGAGAUAGAACGAUCCUAUAAUUUGAAGUUGCAGCAGUCAAAGAAUUCCGUAGGUUGGUAGUGCAAUGCAUUCUUGAUUGGUCAUGUAGAGCUUGAGGUCAAAUGAGGUCACAGCAAUUGUAGUUAGACACAAUUAAAGGAUGAAAUGUUCCUUGAUAUUACUCAAUUAUUAAGAGGCCCUCUGUUUCCUGUUUGUAUUUUUCUAGAAACUACAACCUCUGUUUUGAUUCUGGUGAGUGUAAGGUAGUUGAAUUUCAAUCUCGGUUGUAUAUAAGUUGGAUGAAAGGCUUAGGUACUUUUAUCUAUCUAUAUGAUAUUUGACAUUAAUGUAAUACUUUUUAUUCUGUGUCUCA